AUGGGGCUCUCUAGGGAGAGUCCCUACAAACUUAUUAAGGGAGUGUCUCCUUCAUGGUCAAUGAAGAAAAAAAUGAAUAUUAGUACCACUAGAUCAAGUUCAAUAGGCAACAUAGGUAAUGCAAGAGGGAGGGCUGUCCAUAAACACGAAUCAGAGGUUGUCGGUGCCGACGAUGAUCAGUUGGAGAAUGCAAAAUUGGCUAAUGAGAGUGAUUGUUUGUGGUUAUCUUCAGAUUGUAAGUCUCCUUCAUUUAGUUUUGAUUACCAUAUUUCAUGGGAUGUUUGUGAACUUGAAUCAAAUUACUCUUCUCUUGACAAAUUGUACUCUUUAUUGUUAUCAAAAAAUUCUGAUCUUUCAUUGAAUAAACGAUCUCGUUUCUUUGAUGGGUCUAUUGUAAGUCCUAUAGAAGAAGCAUCUUUGGUUCUUGAAAGAACCUCAAAGGAAAAAGAAGGUGUUCAUCAGGUUUCUUUCUCUCAGAGUUUUUCUUCUCUGAUAGGGGAUUUGGAUGAAGCAGGUGUUCAGGUUUCUUUAUUGGAUCUUGAUAGGGAAGACUCAGAGUGGAUAUCAGAUGAAGUCCCUGGAUUAGAUUUUCUCCAAUCAGAUUUCCCCAGUCCAUCUUACAAGAUUAAUUGGAAUUCUAAAGUUGGAUUUGCCAACCAAGGAGGAGAAGUUGAUACUGAUGAACCUCUCUUCUGGCCAUUACAGAGGAAGUUGGAUUGGAAUGCUGAAAUAGCUUGGGAUUUUUGCAUUUCACCUCGUAAGAGUGGAAGGAAAAUUGGGUCUUGUGAAAGAUCUCAAACUAGAAGAUCAUCAAAUGGAUCAAGAUUAAAUGAGAGGAAAAUGAAUCUUAAAGAAGGAUUAUGUAAGAGAAACCUUGUGUUCAAUUCAAUAUCCAAAGUAGAAACUUCAAUGGAGUGCAAAAUAAGAGAUGGGAAAAAGAAUAUCAGAAGGAGCAAUACCAUGCCUGCAAGGUUGAGAAAGAUGACUCCAAAUAUGAAACAUAUGAAGGAAGAAACAAUAAGUGAUAAAGCUCAAACUGAGACAUUGAUGGAAGAUUUUAAGUUUUUAGAUCGAGUUUUCUUAUCAAUUAAUGAUGAACUCUCAAUUGAGACUUUGAUCGGCCUCAAUGAAUUUGAUGGUCAUGAGGGGGUCGAUUCAGAAUUUAACAAAGACCAGUUUUUGCUAGACGAGUAGCUCUCUAUGAGAAUCCAAGGGAAGGCCCUUUUGUUUUGAGAGAA